GGCAGCGGCAGCGGCAGGUGGCGCUGAGGGGCCGGUCGCUCCUCCCCGCGCAGCCCGCGCCGAGGUGGCUCCCGGCCGCCCAGCCCAGCCCAGCCCAGCCCAGCCGGCAGGCCCGGCAGGCAGGUGGAGGAGCGGGGCCGGCUGCGCUGCCCAGCUAUGGCAUGAAGCCGGCGCGGCUGUGCGGCGGCGGCGGCUGGAACAGCACGGCCAUGUGGGUGCCCGGCGGGGAGGCGGGAGCCCCGCGGCGGGGCUGCAACAGCACGGCGGCGGCUGAGGCGGCGCGGGGGGAGGAGUGCGGCGCCGUGUCCGUGCUCAUCCCGCUCAGCAUGAUGGUGACGGGGCUGGCGGGCAACGCGCUGGCCAUGCUGCUCGUGUCCCGCGCCUACCGCGCCAAGGCCAACCGGCGCAAGCGCUCCUUCCUGCUGUGCAUCGGCUCGCUGGCGCUCACCGACCUGACGGGGCAGUUGCUCACCAGCCCCGUGGUCAUCGCCGUGUACGUGGCCGGCCGGCGCUGGGACAGCGUGGACCCGUCGGGCGGCCUCUGCGCCUUCUUCGGCCUCAGCAUGACGGCCUUCGGCCUCUGCCCGCUCUUCAUCGCCAGCGCCAUGGCGGCCGAGCGCGCGCUGGCCACGCGGGCCCCGCACUGGUACUCGAGCCACAUGCGGCCCAGCGUCACCAAGGCGGCGCUGCUGGGCAUCUGGCUGGCCGGGCUGGCCUUCGCGCUGCUGCCGCUGGCAGGCGUGGGCCGCUACGCGCUGCAGUGGCCCGGCACGUGGUGCUUCAUCGAGGCGUCGAGCGGCGCCACCUUCGCCGCCGCCUUCGCCUUCCUGGGGCUGGCCUCGCUGCUGGUCACCGCCGCCUGCAACGUGGCCACCAUCGCGGCGCUGGUGUCGCGCUGCCGCGCCAAGGUGACGGCGUCGCGGGCCGGCAAGCAGUGGGGCCGCAUCACCACCGAGACGCUCAUCCAGCUGCUGGGCAUCAUGUGCGUGCUCCUGGCCUGCUGGUCGCCGCUGCUGAUUAUGAUGUUGAAAAUGAUCUUCAAUCAUACAUCUAUUGAACACUGCAACGCAACCAGCUACGUGGACGAAAACUCAGAACUGCAGGAAGAAUGCAAUUUCUUCCUGACCGCUGUCCGUUUGGCCUCACUAAACCAGAUUCUGGAUCCCUGGGUUUAUCUGCUGUUAAGAAAGAUCCUCCUCCAAAAAUUCUGUCAGGCAGCAAGUGCUGUCUCCGGCUGCUCUAACACCAGAUGGAAAGAGCGACAGGUCACUUUCUCAGAUGACAUGAGACAGACAACAGCAUGAAAAAAUGUUGAUUCAACUUGCAUGCAAACUACUUUUCACAAGUAGUUUUAAAUUUUACUGUGAAUUUGGGCAUCUGUGGCAUGACAGUGUUCCUGCAUAAAUAGCUGCAGUGUAAGUGGUAUGAAUGGACAUAGAGGGCCAGAUAAUUGCAUAUCAUGUGUGCCAACAAUGCUUAAAUAUAAACAAAGGGAUGUGUUCUGUUCUUAACAGUAACCUCUAAUUCUGGUGUCUUUGGCUGAGAGCAUUCAACCUCCAGAAUGUAGUCAAGCUAAAUACAUCAUGAUUUCUAAGGAUUCUUCUUGCAUCAAGACAGAGGAAUCAGCCAUUGUUUUGUAAGGGAGACACCGAUUCAACUGCAACUCUACUAAAUUUUGACUCUAGGAUUAUCUACUACAUCCAGAUAUUAUUUCUUCCUCCAAUUCUUUCUCCUUUUUGAGGGAAAAGUACAAGAGCUUUAAGGAAGAAAAUAAUAGGAAGCCUUUAAUUUCUCCCAAGUUCAAUGUUUUGUUGCAAGAAGUGAAAAUGACAUGUAUUUUGAUGAUGACAUUUUCUUUGAAAUGCCGAAAGGCAGCAGGAAUCUCAUGUGAUACAUGUUAAUUAUUAAUUUUUCAUGAAUGUUAGAAUAAAUUCACCUUCUACAUAGGUGAGGGGGCUUUGGGGAAUAACAUAAAUGUGUAAGCUGCUCUUUUUUGAGAGACAAUCUGUGAACAUUUUUGCAAGUAAUACCUGUGAAAUACCUAGAUAUUAACAAGAAUAACUUAGCAAAGCUUUUUCACACAAUGGUCUACCUUUGGCAGACUGAAACAGUGACAGACCAGGAGAGACAAGAGAUGCUACUUUUUGUAUUAACAGUAAGUAUCCCCUUCCUAGUCAUUAUAGCAAAAACCAAAUCACCAUGUUCAAAUAGUCCAUUUUCCAUGACAGUCAGGUGGCAUGUACACCACCUGCACAGCACCACUUCAUUAUACAAGCACAUGUCUGGAUUGUGUCACAAUCCAAUCUGUUAUUUAAGAAACUAUUGAUUGAUAGCUGUCAAACACAUGGCAGCUUGUAACUUUUAAAAUUAGAAGUCAUCAUAGCAGGGAAGUUUGGACUGAGGCAACUCAUUAGUCAAGUCUUUCCUUAGGUAAUAUUCAGAUUUGAUUAUCUAGUUUCUGAUCCAUUUGUGAGAUAUCAGCAGUUUCUACUUUCAUAAAGACUCUUGAGUUUACUUACAUUUUCUCAUGUUAAUUUGUCACUUGGUAAUGGGCAAUAUUAAAUGUGUGCUACUUUAAAUAGUCUUCUUGGUUAGUUAACUUAAAUGUUAUAUUUAUCUUCCCAUGGAUGAAGAGACAAGACAGAAUAGCUUGAAAUGUGAAAAUCCCAUGUACCAGUUUGAAACCAUUUGGCUCAUCACUUUUCCUGUCUUGUGACUGAUCUUCACGAUUAUGACAGCUAAGAAAGAAAAGUAAUUGAAGUUAGAUUGGCAGAUCACAUUGCAUGUCAGAGUCUCCAGUGCAAUUACAUCUAAUGUGACAUCAAUAUUCUGACAUUUUAUAAUUAAAAAAAUAGCAUAAAUAUCACAUCAAGGAACUUUGGCAUUUUGUUAUUGAUCAUUUUUUCUUUAAAUCUCCUACUUUCAUUUAAUGAUGGCAAAAAAUAAAUGGCUUUGUUCAAUCUCUACCUGAACGCACAAGAAUGGACUUGAGCUUCCUGAAGUCAACAGGAGCUUCAGUAUGCUGUGCUACACAGCAGAGACACCAAGCUAGAGCCAAAUGCAUUAAUUUGUACCAAAAGUAAUCUAACUACAGCAGCACAAGGGUCUGUGCAAGCUAAAAGAACCUGAUAAUUUAUCCACACUUAGAGGUAGCUUGCAGAAUAGACCUGACUUAACAAUUUUUAAGUUUCCUUCUAUUGAAGACAUGGUGCUUAAUUCUGCUCUAAUAUGCCCUGGUACUACAAAGAGCAACAUGUUUUAUGCAGAAAAUAUGAAAUGCACACUUCAGCUACAGUUGAGUUACACCAGUGGACCUGAUCAGAAUUUGGCCUUCAGAGCCUUCCAGAUAACAGACCAGUAUAGAGUAUCAGAAUCUCAAACUACUGGCAGUUUUUUUUCAGUCUGUCCCACUGCUGUCCCAUGGACCCAUUAGGAACCAUUAUUGAGUACAAUGACCACAAGUGCCUAUGCACUGACUGCACUACCCAUGUCUAAUUCAGUAAUAAGUAUUUGGGGAAACACUGAGUGAAAAAAUGGCUGUACAAAAUCAGAGUAUUUCUUACUCUGAAAAAGUUCCAGGCAUGAUUUCAUGCCAAUUAUUUUUUACUUACUUAAAAAGCCUACUUUUCUGUUCAAGAAGCAACGUGUAGUUUGUUAGCAUGUUAGCAUUUAUUCAAAAAUCCACCCCUCGUAAUGUAGGUCCAAGUGACCUUAAAUAGUGGAGUGAAUUCUGGUCUCAUGGGUUUCUUUGUCACUCAGUAGCUGAAUACCAACAAUAGCUAAUUAAAUAAUUUUUUCUCUAGGAUCCUCACUGUAGCAAGGGAAGAGAAAGUCUGAGAGACAGAGAGAAAGCAUGCACUAUUUUCACUUCUUUUAAUACCAUUUCUACUAUAGCAACCAUUAGGAAAGCUUUCACUUUUCUUAUAUAUAACAAUGGUAUAUGAUAUGGUGUUAAAAUAACUGUAAAGUUAACAUUACCUGAUUUUUGCAGGGGACCAGAGUGCAAGACGUAGCAAAUAUCAAGGGCACAUCUGCAUGUGCCUUAAAGUGUUUAAGUUAAUGCACAUUAAAUCUAGUACCUCCACUGUGAGGUACUAGGAAAAUGUGCAUUAGCUUAUCUUAAUGUGCAUUAACUAAAGAGCACAGGGGUGGAGGGUGGGGGGACUACUUAAAUUAGCAUAGCUCUGAGAGCCGCACUAAUUACAAGCACCUGGAAAUUCAUGUUUAUCAGUGUCCACACGCUGAAAAAUGGUGGUGGGGUGCAUUGAACGAGCUUUAAUUUAAAAUGCCCUGUUGCCAUUUUUCAGAGCAGAGACACUGAUACAGGUGAUCCAGGAGUCUGCUGGAGCGCGGUAAUUACCACGCUCCAGCUGAAUCGAUUAAUUGAGUCUGCUCUGACAUGCUGUAAUUACAUCACAUAGGAGCAGCUUCCUUGCAUGUGUAUAGGAGCUCAUAGCUUUUAAGUGAUGCUUAAUGCACAUUAGCCAUUUUAAUGUGCAUUAACUGAAUAGUAUUUUUAGUGAUGCUUUAAUGCACAUUAAAAUAGGCUAAUGUGCAUUAAAGCACAUUCCCAAGAUUGUUACCCCUCAGCUCAGGUGCUGGUGACUCAGCUCAGUUAAAACUUACUUGUUCUUUUUCAUUCCUCUUGUUAAAAUAAACCCUUUUUUUUAAAUUUAGAGGAAAGAAGCAAUGUCUUUCUUUGGGGGCAGUAAUGAGAGGAAGAGUUUUAUUUAUAAAAUGGGAAAAUGUAAGAGAUGAUUUGCAUCCUGUUUGUUUACAGCAAAGAAACUGAAGCACUAUUUGCCAGGUGUGUCUGACAUGACAUCACUGGAAACAGAAGCACUUUCUUAAAUGAAUUCAAAGCUCCUUAUUAGAAAUGAAAAGUUCUGUUUCCCAUUGAUCUGGUUGAGUGGGAAGAUAUAUUUUGUUGCACCUCUUUAAAGAUGCCUUCAAUGUUAUUUGCCUAAAAUGUAUUUCUGUUCCGUAAAAGUUGUGUUUCUAAAAUCAGCUUUGAUAUCCUGGACUUCUUACAGAGACUUGUCAGAAAGACUAUUGUAGGGAGAAAUUCUUUUGGCGUGGUUUUGUUGGCAUUCAAAACACAGAUUAUGUGUGUGUAUUGAAUCCAUGUGUGUACUGUAUUUGUCAAUGUAAAAUAAAAAUUCAAAGUUCAGCAGAA